AAAAAAUAAACUAAAAAAAAAAUAACGACAACUGGUUUUCAAAAUACAAACGAAGGCAGCCGCUUGACAAACAUUUGGAUAAUGUUUUGCUUUCAAUUGUACAAUAACCUAUAUUAAAAUUGGAUAAAACUAAAAUAAGAAAAUAGAGCUGCCAUUAGUUGUUAGACAUGAGCCGGCAAUUGAGGUUCAGCAUUCAAGCGCCGCCGCCAGAUAACGAUGAUUGUCAAUCGGAUCUGGUGGAGAUCAAUCUAAAUGGAGGCUGCAACCAAGUGAAGCAACAAUCUGCGCAUGCGCUGGAUGAAUUGUUGCAAGCCCAAACAGCGGCAACUCUGCCCAUGCAUCGCGGUUAUCCGUACGGCUAUGCGGAUGCGGAUAACGCGGAUACGGACACGGAUACAGAGUUUUAUUUUUGCAAAAAAUCAAAUUCAACGGGUCAGCUGGCGGAGAAGGUGUCGCCACCGCCGCCAUCUGCCACAAACAUCAGUUGCCUGCGGCAAAUGUAUUGCCCCGAGUGCCACGAGCGUCUCCACGAGCAGGGCGUGCGUCUGGAGCGUCUGUUGCAGCUGUGCUGCUUUGCCUUGUUGCCAAUUUAUCCGUGUUGCAUGCGACGCUCCAAAGACGAUUGCAAGGUGAUUUGUGGCAAGUGCGGAUACUUGCUAGGCGCCUGGAAGCGUCAAUGAAGCGCCACUUUUAAGUCAUAAUUUUAAGAUAUUUUUAAAUUUUUUUUGUUUUAUUUGUUUUUUGUUUCGUUUUAAGCAUCAAUUGACCUUGUAUUGCAAACCAAAAACAAAAACC